UAAAAAUAAUAAAGUGAUCAUAGUUGGUCUUAAUAGUGUUCAAUGUUCAUAUUCCUUUUCUCUGUUAUUCCUUUUGUCAUCUUCCUCCUCUUUUCCACUGUUUUAUCUUUACACACACAUUCCCUCUUUUUCCAACCCUACUACAUUCAAACCUUAAAAACGACGCCGUUAACUAUCAAUGCACGCCGUUAACAAGUAGAACAGAAAAAAAGAGAAAGAUGAUGAUGUCACCUCGAGUUCGAAACGGCGUCGUUGAAACGCCGUCACCGUCGCCGCACUUCAACUCCUCCGUCGCCGUUCACAAGCUCCGGCGGUUCAACAUUUUGAUUGUCGUGUUCCGGUUCGCUUCGUUCUGCUUUUCUCUUGCUUCUGCUAUCUUCAUGUUCACUAAUUCACGUAGUGGAGAUGAUUUGCCUCAGUGGCAUCACUUCGAUGCAUUCAGAUGUGUGGCUGUUGCUGGUGCAAUUGUUGCAUUAUAUUCACUGUUCGAAGUAGGAGCAUCAGUUUGGGAGAUUUCAAGAGGAGCUACUGUUUUCCCUGAAGUUGUUCAAGUUUGGUUCGAUUUCGGCCACGAUCAGGUUUUCGCAUACAUGUUGCUCUCGGCAGGAUCUGCAGGUACGUCGUUGGUUCGAACGUUGAGGGAGAUGGACACGUGUACGGUUAAUAAUUCGUUCUGCGUGCAAUCGGAUAUCUCAAUAGCCUUUGGAUUCGCCGGAUUCAUGUUCCUGGGUUUUUCUUCACUCUUGUCAGGUUUCCGGGUUGUAAGUUUUAUUAUCAACGGCUCUCGAUUUCAUGUGUAAAAUUUAAAUUAAAAAAUGUAAAAUAUUGAAAUAAAUUAAUAUUUUAAAAUUAGUUUUCCCUUCACAUCAA